CAGCCCGGCCCCAGGCGCUGCCCCCCCGCCGCUCCGCUGCCUCCCGGGGCUCCGGCUUGUUUCGAUUUCGUUUCCCGGAAGGAUCGCGCCGGAGCCGCAGAGCCGGGCCCCGCCUGAGCCGGGCCCCGGGACAGCGCCGGGCCCCGGGUCGCAGCCGCCCACCGCCACCGGGGAUGCAGGGUAAAGUGGCAGUCAGCUCUUCCAGCUCCGUUGUCACAGCUUUGUUACCACCCCCAUCCCAGGCCAGACACACACCCAUCAGCGAGGGGGAGAUCUUCAAGCUUCCAGGCAGGCUGAGAAUCCAGCCCUCACUGUGGAGCAAGGACGACGUGAUCCACUGGCUAAGAUGGGCUGAGAAAGAGUAUUCCCUUCGGCAAACUGAUGAAAGCAAGUUUGAAAUGAACGGCAAAGCCCUGUGCAUCCUCACCAAGGAUGACUUCAGAUACCGAGCUCCGAGCUCAGGUGAUGUGUUAUAUGAAAUACUCAAGUACAUUAAGACUGAAAGAAGAGCUCUGGUGUGCAGCCCUUUGCUGAACUCGCCCUUCAGGGAAGCCAGGAGCACAGAGGAAGGUACAGACUGUAGCACUGAGGCUGCUCCAGCUGCUUUUUCUUCCUGCCUGGGUUGUGCAGAGCAGCCUGUGUUCCGCAGCCAUGCAGAGCCACUGAACCUCUCCCAUCACAGCUCAGAGGGCAGUUGCAGAGUAGGUGCCAUCUGCUCUUUUCCUACAACCCUGCCAGCCCCAGUGGAUGGGAAAAUUGCAGACUGCAGGUUGCUGUGGGAUUACGUGUACCAGCUCCUCUCUGACAGCCGCUAUGAGCCUUACAUCAAGUGGGAAGACAAGGAAACCAAGGUCUUCCGGGUCGUUAACCCAAAUGGACUUGCCCAGCUCUGGGGGAACCACAAGAACCGGAUGAACAUGACAUAUGAGAAGAUGUCACGAGCGCUCAGACAUUACUACAAACUCAACAUCAUCAAAAAGGAGCCAGGGCAGAAGCUGUUGUUUAGGUUUUUGAAGACUCCUGGGGAGAUCAUCCAUGAGAAAUCCAGCAAACUGGAGCAGCUGGAGAACGAGGACCAUGAAGACUUGAAAGAAGACCCACUGGAGGUUUCACCAUAGGACGUUUCUGAAGGUGGCACUUGCAGUGCAUUGCAGACUUGUGCUCUGCUGGGAGGUGCUGCCAUCUCUUGCAUCUCCUGGACAGAAGGCCACAGAGCUGGUUCUGGAUUUCAAAACCUGCCCUUAGGCCAAAGCUGUGACAUCUCUGGGGCUUCACUAGCAAAACAUACCCAGAAACUGUCCCCUGGCCCCAAAAGUGCAGGUUGAACAUGUGGGAUGGUCUUCUGCUUGCUUCUCUUCUGUCCUCAGGGAGCAAAUGUGAUAUUUUGGCUCUGUAAAUUUCGAUGCUUGUCUUUAAGGCUCAAACUUGCUGGUGAAGGCUGCUCUGCUCUUCCAGUGAGAGGUGCUGAGCGCAGGGCACCAGAGCACAUGCUCCAGGUCAAGCAUCUACCAAAGUGCUUUGGCAGUGUGGCCCUAAACAUGAACACGCUGCUCUGAAUCUGAGCCAUUUCCCCGAUCUGAGAACAGACUUAUAUUGAUUGCAGAUAUGCUGUAUGCUGUAAUCUCACUGUUUGCUGGGGGGUUGCUCCUGUGCUUAAGAGCGGGAGUGUGAUGAAAUAUCUGCCUGGAUCAGGCCUGGCUGGAGCUCCAGGCUGCAUGGAUGCCCUAAGCUGGGUCUCAUUUUAACUCCUUUCCCUCCAUGUAAUGCUUUUUGUAAUUAGCUGACUAAAUAAUGUGAAAAGAAACGAAGCCAGCAAUGAAUAGGACCACACUCGUC